AUGACGCAGGUUUUUGAUGAUCGCUUCCCCGAGAGUUUUGAUUCGGAACCGUUUCUCACGAACCGGAGAACUUCGCAAAGAAAGUCUCCGGGGCCUGCGAAGAAAGAGGAAGAUAAGAGGCCUCACAUUAAGAAGCCUCUGAAUGCCUUCAUGCUCUACAUGAAGGAGAUGAGGGCCAAAGUGGUGGCAGAGUGUACCCUCAAAGAGAGCGCAGCCAUCAACCAGAUCCUGGGCAGGAGGUGGCACUCUCUAUCACGAGAGGAACAGGCCAAAUACUAUGAGUUGGCGCGGAAGGAGAGACAGCUGCACCAACAGCUCUACCCCGGCUGGUCCGCCAGAGAUAACUACGGCAAACGGAAAAAGAGGAAGCGAGAUAACAAGACAGACUCAAAACCAGAGGACUUUUCUCCGCGAAAUAAGAAGCAGUGUAUGCCGUAUCUUCCUCAAGACAAGACCAUAGACAGCCCAGCAUCGUCUCACGGCAGCAUGCUGGACUCCCCGGCCACGCCCUCUGCCGCCCUGGCCUCGCCGGCCGCCCCGGCCCCCACCCAUUCGGAGCAGGCCCAGCCGCUGUCCCUAACCACCAAGCCGGAGGGGCGCGCCCACCCCCCGCAUCAUCCUUUCCCCCUGCUUGCGAAAGCCUCUUCAUCAUCCUCAUCCUCGUCCUCUUCGUCCUCCUCAUCCUCAUCUCAGACGACCCCGCCCAUCCUGUCCCGGCCAAUCCCCUUCACUUCCUUGCACCCUUCCCUGCUGUCUCCGCCCUCCCCGUUCCACCAGGCCGCCCUGCACUCCCAUCACGCCUUGUUCCAGUCGCAGCCCCUCUCCUUGGUAACCAAAUCGGCUGACUAA